UACUCGCUCAGUUUGUUUGUUACGUCGUCGGAGAGGUGGAGAGAGAGAGAGAGCGAGAGAGAGAGAGAGUACACAGUGGCACCAGCGGCGGCGGUAGCGUCAAUGCAUCUGUGUUUUCGAAUUGCCUGUCUUGAGCUGCCAAUCCACUGUACAACAUUUCCGAUUGAGACCUCACACCAGGAAUCGCCAGGAGCCUUUGAAAUCUCUCAACACAGCAGAAGGAGCUAAACGUUUCUGUUUUGGUUGCCUUUGAAAAAGAAGUCCUACAUAACAAUUGUGUUUUAACUCAGUUUCUUGAAUUUUUAAUGGAAAAAUGGCGUUCUGUGCUCAGUCCUGCAGCAUCUUCUGCUUCGUCUCAAUCCAAACUAUCCUGAUUUUCAGCGUAUCGUCGCCUGGAACGGAAAGCCUCAGUUUCCCUCAAAACUACACGAUGAUCCACUGGGCGGGACGCAUUGAGAAAGAAAUUGAAAACGUCCUUAAGCACGUCAGUGGAGCCCAGCAAAUGAGAGGGAUUUAUAAUGAGAAAAAGGGCCAGUUCGAGGUCGUGAAGAACUCCCCCAUGGAGCUUGUGGCGAAGGUGGCGGGAGAUAUUCAGGGUUUGCUGAUGAGUAAGCGGAAGGCUCUUGAGAGGCUGGCUAGAGAAGCGGAGCAGCUGCAGAAGGAACAUGUUUGGCAGGAUGGCAUUAAGGCGAGUGAUAUUGAGUACUAUGAUUCCAAGGCAGACUCAGACUCCUCAGAGUCAGAUGGUGAUGGAGAAGAUGGCUUCACUGAGGAACGCAGUUCUCUAAAACUAGAGUUUGUUGAUGAUCCAAACUUCAAGAACAAAGUCAACUAUUCCAACACAGCUGUGCAAAUCCCUACGGACAUCUACAAAGGAUCUCCUGUGAUCCUCAAUGAGCUGAACUGGACCCAGGCCUUGGAGAAGGUCUUCAUUGACAACAGCAGGGAGGACCCAUCGUUGCGUUGGCAGGUGUUUGGCAGUGCCACUGGUGUCACCAGAUACUACCCAGCCACACGAUGGAGAGCCCCCAAUAAGAUUGACCUGUAUGACGUACGAAGGCGGCCUUGGUACAUCCAGGGGGCAUCUUCUCCCAAAGACAUGGUCAUCAUUGUUGACGUGAGUGGCAGUGUGAGUGGCCUCACUCUCAAACUGAUGAAGACCUCAGUGAUGGAGAUGCUGGACACUCUGUCAGAUGAUGACUACGUCAACGUGGCCAGGUUCAAUGAAAAGGCUGACGCAGUGGUGCCCUGCUUCAAGAAUCUGGUCCAGGCCAAUAUUCGCAACAAGAAAAUCUUCAAGGAGGCCGUGCAGCACAUGUCUGCCAAAGGCACCACAGACUACAAGUCCGGCUUCCAUUUUGCCUUCCAGCAGCUGCUCAAUGAUAGCAAUGUCCCGCGAGCAAACUGCAACAAGAUGAUUAUGAUGUUUACAGACGGAGGCGAGGACCGAGCACAAGACAUCUUUGAGAGAUACAACUGGCCCAACAAGACGGUGCGAGUAUUUACAUUCUCUGUGGGCCAACACAACUAUGAUGUCACCCCCUUGCAGUGGAUAGCUUGUGCGAAUAAAGGUUACUACUUUGAGAUCCCAUCCAUUGGCGCCAUCAGAAUCAACACACAGGAGUACUUGGAUGUGCUAGGACGUCCAAUGGUGCUGGCAGGGAAUCGAGCCAAGCAGGUGCAAUGGACCAACGUAUACCAGGAUGCCUUGGGCCUAGGACUGGUGAUAACUGGAACAAUGCCUGUUUUCAACCUCACUGCAGACGGGAGUUCUCAGAAUCAGCUCAUUCUUGGAGUGAUGGGAGUGGACAUUGCUCUCAGUGAAAUCAAGAGGCUUACACCAAGAUACAAACUUGGAGCAAAUGGAUACACCUUCGCCAUCGACCCAAACGGCUAUGUUCUACUUCACCCAAACCUGCAGCCCAAGAUCAUUAAUUUCAGAGAGCCUGUCACUUUGGACUUCCUGGAUGCUGAAUUGGAAGAUGAACACAAGGAGGAGAUCCGGCGGCAGAUGAUCAAUGGAAAAUCGGGGAAAAAGACAAUUAGAACACUCAUUAAGUCAGUUGAUGAGAGGUACAUUGAUGAGGCUGUUCGAACUUACUACUGGGCACCUGUUAAUGGCACAGACUACAGUCUGGGUUUGGUACUUCCUAACUACAGUGAAUACCACAUCCGAGCCAACCUGAGUGACCAGAUCCUUCAGGUUCAGUUGCAAUACUACUAUUCCAAGGAUUUUGAAUCUCUGCUGCCAGUCAGUUUUGAUUCCGAGGGACAUGUAUUCAUUGCUCCCAGGGAAUACUGCAAGGAGCUAGAGCUCUCCAACAACAACACAGAGUUUCUGCUCAACUUCAUCGCUCUCAUGGAGAAAAUCACACCUGAUUCCAAGCAGUGUGAUAACUUCCUCCUUCACAACCUCAUCUUGGACACGGGUAUCAUCCGACAACUGGUGGAAAAGGUGUGGAAGGCCAAGGAUUUCGAUAACUAUGGUUUCCUGGCCUUGUUUGCUGCUACAGAUGGAGGCAUCACAAGAGUCUACCCCAACAAAGCUGCUGAAGACUGGGAUGAGGACCCAGAACCUUUCAACGCCAGCUACUAUCGCCGCAGCCUGGACAACAAGGGUUACAUUUUCCGGGCACCUUAUAGAACCCAAAACGACGAUAUCCUAAACCCAGAAAACGACACCAUUGGCAUCCUGGUCAGCACUGCAGUGGAGAUCUCCUUAGGCGGGAAAACGAUCAAACCUGCUGUUGUGGGGGUGAAACUUGAUUUGGAGGCUUGGGUGGACAAGUUCAAGAUACUGGCCAGCAACCAGUCUGACAGCCGACAGGGUUCACACAAGUGUGGGCCUUCCAGCAGUUGUGAGAUGGACUGUGAAGUCAACAGUGAUGACCUCCUGUGCUAUCUGAUUGAUGAUGGAGGGUUCCUGGUUAUGUCCAACCAGAAAAGUGACUGGAAUAGGAUUGGCAUGUUCUUUAGUGAGGUGGACCCCAUCCUGAUGUACGCCCUCUACAAUAACUCCUUCUAUGACCGCAAGCAAUCUUUUGACUACCAGUCUGUCUGUGAGCCCGUGCCAAGCAGCAACACAGGUGCUGCACCCAGGGGGGUCUUUGUGCCCACCAUUGCAGACUUCCUCAAUUUGGCCUGGUGGACCUCAGCAGCAGCCUGGUCCCUGUUUCAGCAGCUGCUAUAUGGAGUGGCCUAUCACAGCUGGUUCAUCAAAGAAGACGUGGAGGCAGAGGGGAUGGACUCAAGAGAAACUAGCUGUGUCACAAUACAGACUCAGUACUAUUUCACCAAUGUUUCCAGCUCCUACAAUGUACUGCAGGACUGUGGCAACUGUUCCAGGCUGUUCCAUGCUAAGCGGAUAAAUAACACCAACCUGCUGUUCGUGGUGGCAGAAAAGAUGCCCUGUAACUCAUGUAAUAUAGAGAAGCUGUCACAGACGGAGACAGAGUUCAAGGUGGAAAACCCAUGUUUGGAGGUGCCUGUAGCACGGUACCGGAAAGGCCCGUCCACCUGCUUUGACUACAAUCUUGCGGAGAACACCUCGGAUUGUGGGCGGGGCUACUCAUUCCAACCCUCGUUAAAGGUCCUGCUGUGUCUCCAGCUGCUUCUCUUAUAUCUGACAGCCUCCUCUUACAACCUGCCCUUCCCCUCAUCACUUUAAUUCCAUCUUAUUCUGCCUGCUCGUCCUCCUCUCCAUGCUCCUCCCCUCCCUUCAUUUACUUCCUGAUCCUCUUCACCCCUUCCUUUCCCCCUUCCUUCCUUCAGUCAUAGAUGAUGAUGGGACUUCCUGAUGCCCUGUUUUGGAAGCCCUGAGUACUGUUUCCCCUCCAUCAUGCUCGGUGACAUACAGUAGCUUCACGGGCGGUUGCUUAGCGACGGUUGUUGGGCUUUGUUGUGCAGCCAGUCACCUUCAUCCAGGGGAGGAGCUCUGUGUUCCUUCCACAGAAAAAGAAGAAAAAAAAUAAAAAAACCACAAACGCCACGACCAGAAAAAAAAACGGCAUCAGAAGAAGAAAUAAAAAGAUGACGGAUGCUGCUCUCGUACACCUCCUGCCAGUACAGACACAUUUCUCAUCACCUUGCAACUGGUCAGGCAGGAGAAGGCGGAAGCGGUGGACAUUGGUCGCUCUCAUUCCUCAUGGACCUUUAGAAUUUUACUGGGCCUCGUCCCGUUUGUCUCAGAUAGUGGUCACAGUACCAUUCAGCCACAUAUAGCUACUGGAAAAAAAACUAACACUAAGACAAAAAAAAAAACAACACAGAAAAAACAGUAAUUACCUGAAAUAUCAAGCAUACAAGAUUCACUUCCAUUCAUUAGGGUAUAAUUUGAAAGGGAAAUUGUUAUAUUUGACUGACUUAAAACAUUAAUUUAUUUAUGCACUAUAUCUACUUCUUGCCAAAAUGAGAUAGACUUUUCAUGUGGUCUUAUUUUUUAUAGCCAAAUAGAAAGAGGAAAAGGAAGAAAAUAAAAUAAUGUUAAAUAAUCAACAUGAAUAGAAUAAUUAUCAAAAUACGAUCUCACUUCUAUCAGUAGAGACAGAGUGUCUCAGAGUAAUGACAUCAUCAGUGUGGGUUGUCUGUAGUUUUAUCCCAUGUAUUCCAAGGAGGCCAUCAUGCUCUUUGCAGAUCUGUGUCUUUAUGAUGUAAUAGCCCAGUGCUCUCCAACCUUGAAUGUCCCCUCUAACUGCUCGCCUGAGAGGUUAAGUGGUCCUUUCAGACACCGAAGACAAAGGUGCCAAGACAUUAUGUGUGCAAUUCAUCCUUUGUUGUUUUUAAAGACAGAGAAAUAUUUAUUGAGACCAUCUAGUAUAGCAGCCACUCAUGCAUUUGUUAUUGCUUGUUUUGGGUUGAAUUCAGCCUGUAGAAGACUGAAGAUAAGCUGUGCAGACCUUAUAUUGCAGAACUGAAAGUCCUUUCUAGGCUGUGCAUUCCCAAUGAUGUUGCCAUCAAUCAAGUCUGUAAUCUGGAAUUAAGUAAGAGUUGAGUUUAUUAUUAUGUAAUUAGUCUGAGAUUUAAGUUGUUUUAAAAAUUAUGAGGUUUUAUUAAGUAUAGUAUAUGAAUACUGUCUGGCCUGCAGCAGUCCCUCUCUGUAGUGCCUUUGGGCACACAUCCUGUUGGACAGCACUGGUAUUACAGUAACCUUUCUGACUGUUGUACUGAUGCACUUGUGGGGGGCCCAGCAAUGUAAGACCAUCGUUUCCUCAGCAUCAGCCCAAACUCUGUAAAGAACACACAUUUCCAGUAAAAAAAAAAAAAAACUGUUGACCUGGGAUCUUAAAUGACAAACACUCAGUUCAUCUUGUUGUCAUUUUUCUGUAUUCUAUGGCCUUGGGACGGUACAGUACAGGCCUGGAACCCUCCCCCGCCUCCCCCAAAAAAUAUAAAAUAACCCAGUCCCCUCAGCCACAGCCUCUCUCAAUGUGAAUGGGAAAGUCUUGAAUAUCUGGGUUGCUUGCUUAAACUGCCAGAACCAUCUUGACCACACUGAUCAAUACUGCUGAGGGGAAAGGGCAAGAAAAGUAUGAGGGAGAAGUUUGGAACAUGACCAUAGAUACAGAAUUAGCUGUUUACUACAAAGGAAUGUAUGUGAGUGCAAAACUGAAAAUGUAAUGUAACUGUAAUCUGGGGAGUGAUGGCAGUGGUAGUGUAGGCAUUCCUAUUUUUUGCCGGACAAACACUGUCCACAGUCAAAUGUGUUGUCAAAUGUGGAAAAUUGAACAUGUGUGUGGUUUUUCAAUUUUUUUUAACCUAACCUUUUUUGUCAUUUGAUGAAAAUGGUGGAAAGAGGAGUUGUCUCACCCCCCAUUGGUAGUUUUUACUGAGUUGUUGAAAGAAUGUUUGAACCGUUUUAUUGGUGUGUGUAUUUAUUUUUAAAGAGGUUGGUCGCAUUGUCUCAGCUUCUAGCCGCUUCAGUAUCUUCCGUGGAGUUUACGCACUUCACAGUGGCUUUGCAUUGUCAAAGUGGUCAAAUUGGUCAGUGUGUCUGGAUUCUUGAUUGAUUUAUGUGCAGAAAUAAUUGACAAAAAUGUAUCCUUUAACUGCCAUGGUUGUGUGCAAUAGGAAUUUGUAAUUUAUUCAGGAAUAGAUGGGAAUCAGAACAUAUUUUUAACCACAAGUAUAACAACAUUGCUGGUGUUUCAUUGCUACAAAGCAAAUAUUAUGGUUGGUUGUUAUCAUAUGUACAUGGAAACAACAAAACUACAACAUUAAAGAGUUUGGGGAAAGGCUGAA